AUGGCCUCCACCGGCAUCCUACUGCUUCUCCUUGCGACGGCGGCCAUAGCAGGUCCACGCCACGCCGGCGCGACGGAGUACACCGUCGGCGACUCCGACGGGUGGACUAUCGGCCCCAACUACCUGGCCUGGUCGCAGAAGUACAACUUCACCACCGGCGACACGCUCGCGUUCAACUACGUGCCGCGGCAGCACGACGUGUACCGGGUGACGCGGGACGCGUUCCAGACGUGCGAGCCGACGGCGGGGCAGACGGUGCGCAAGUGGGCGUCGGGCCGAGACGUUCUCCGUCGCCGUGGGCGCGCCGCCUCCUCCUCCGCCGUCACCGCCUCCCCCGCCGGCCUUCACGACUGCCAUGCCGCCACCUCCAAGCUCCAGCGCGUGCGGAUGCCGCCUGGCGUUGCCGGACUUGGCGAGGAUUUCCUGCCUCGCUGCGAUCGGGAUGUGGAUCAGCUUGCUGUCAUGACGGUGAUGAAUCAGAACGUUGACUUUACUUGUGAUCGUCUAUUCUUUUCUGAGUUUACUGGGUCGCCUCUAAGCUGGAAUUGGGAUUAUUGCACAUGA